AUGACUGAAAGAGCAGCAAAUGAGCCUAGUGAGGUCAAUACUCCCCUUAACGUGGCAGCUUUAAAUGGCCAGCUGGACGUUGUUCAGCGCCUUGUUGAUCAAGGAGAACAGGUUGAGAGGGGGAAUAAUAAUGGUCAGAAACCUCUUCACUGUGCAUCAGGCAAUGGUCACCUUGAAGUAGUUCAGUAUCUCGUUGGCAAAGGAGCACAGGUUGAGAGGGGUGAUAAUAAUGGUCAGACACCACUUCACUUGGCGUCAACCAAUGGUCAUCUUGAUGUUGUUCAGUAUCUCGUUGGUAAAAGAGGACUGGUUGAGAGGGGUAAUAGUGUUCUUCAAACACCUCUUCACUGUGCAUCACACAAUGAUCAUCUUGAUGUAGUUCGGUACCUCGUUGAUCAAGGAGCAAAGUUUGAGAGGAACGAUAGUAAUGGUCAGACACCUCUUCAUUUGGCAUCAGACAAGGGUCAUCUUGAAGUAGUUAAGUACCUCGUUGAUAAAGGAGCACCGGUUAAGAAGAUUCAGUUCUUCGUUGAUCAAGGAGCACAGGUUGAGAGGGAGAAUAAUACUAUUGAGUAUUCCAGUUAUGAAGAUGACGAAGAAUGCAUUGACCUGAAGGACAAGGAGGGUAAGACACCACUUCACAUGGCAUCAGACAAGGGUCAUCUUGAAGUAGUUCAGUACCUCGUUGAUAACAAAGCACGCAUUGACCUGGAGGAUAACGAGGGUAAGACACCACUUCACUUGGCAUCCCAUAAUGGUCAUCUUUAUGUAGUUCAGUAUCUCGUUGGUCAAGGCGCACCUGUUCAGAGUGGUGAUGCUAAGGGUAUUACACCACUUCACUGGGCAAUACUAAAUGGUGAUAUUGAUGUUGUUCAGUAUCUCAUUGGUGAAGGAGCACUGGUUAAGGAGAGUGAUAAGUUUUGUCAAACAUGUCUUGACUGUGCAUCACACAGUGGUCAUCUCAAUGUACUUCAGUAUCUCGUUGGUCAAGGAUUACAGGUCGAGAGGAUCAAUAGUAAAGGUGAGACACCUCUUCACCAUGCAGCAAGCAGUGGUCAUCUUGGUGUAGUUCAGUACCUCGUUGAUCAAGGAGCACCGUUUGAGAACAGUAAUAGUGAUGGUCAGACACCUCUUCAUUUGGCAUCAGACAAUGGUCAUCUUGAAGUAGUUCAGUACCUCGUUGAUCGAGGAGCACAGGUCGAGAGGGGUGAUAAUGAUGGUGAGACACCUCUUCACUAUGCAGCAAGCAAUGGUCAUCUUGGUGUAGUUCAGUACCUCGUUGAUCAAGGAGCACCGUUUGAGAACAACGAUGGUCAUCUUGAAGUAGUUCAGUACCUCGUUGAUCAAGGAGCACCGUUUGAGAACAGUAAUAGUGAUGGUCAGACACCUCUUCAUUUGGCAUCAGUCAAUGGUCAUCUUGAAGUAGUUCAGUACCUCGUUGAUCGAGGAGCACAGGUCGAGAGGGGUGAUAAUGAUGGUGAGACACCUCUUCACUAUGCAGCAAGCAAUGGUCAUCUUGGUGUAGUUCAGUACCUCGUUGAUCAAGGAGCACCGUUUGAGAACAGUAAUAGUGAUGGUCAGACACCUCUUCAUUUGGCAUCAGACGAUGGUCAUCUUGAAGUAGUUCAGUACCUCGUUGAUCAAGGAGCACAACCUAAAGCACUUCAAGAAGGAUCAAGAGCACUGUCGGGGACCGCACAGUUAGGCAAGGAAGAGAACGAAGCAGGGACAUCCACUGCAAUUGCAGGGAAGAAACCUAAGACUGAAAGUACACCAGCGAAGAAGCCGCCACAGGAAGGUACCAAUACCAUGGAGACCGAAACGACUUCAGCUAAAAAGGUGCUCUAG